AUGAAGUCAGAAAGCAAUAACGGGUACUUACGAUCUGGGGUAAUUACCGAAGAAAGCGAAUUCUUGCCCGCAGCAGCUCGCGAGAUUCAACAUACCGGAAUGCCACUUCAGGUGACUUGCAGCACAAGAGGCAAUUCAGGAACAACAACGACAGCUAUUCACAGGCCGGGGAAUUCCUCAAGGAUGCCUGGGAUUACAAGAGCCACUUCAAUUACCCGCCGGCGUGGAGGACCUACCAAUCGUCAACAAUUAAUCGGCGUUCUCACUGUUACUCUCUUAGUCACUAGUUUGUUUACUCUUAUACUAUUGGCUUUACAUCGGAACCGCGAAUGCGCCAAAGAAACUCCUUCAAGCUUACUAUCAGCGAUGGAUCGCACAGCAUCUCCCUGCGUUGAUUUUUUUCAAUACGCGUGCGGAACCUGGAACCGGUUGCACAUAAUUCCAGAGGACAGAAGUUCCAUCAAUACUUUUGAAGUGCUUUCAGAUCAAUUGAAAGUAAUAUUAAAGCGAGUUCUGGAGGAGCCUCCAAAUAAACAAGACAACAGCGCGACUUUGAAAGCGAAAACAUUCUACAAGUCCUGCAUGGACAUCCCUCAGAUACGACAUAUUGGCGAUGCACCGCUAAAAGAAACUCUGAGGAACCUCGGCGGGUGGCCAGUCGUCGAAGGAACCAAUUGGGAGCCUCCGAAAAAUUUGCCGAUUGAAAUUUUACUUGGACGCAUACGCGGUGAAUUUAAUGAAGGCGUUUUAGUUGAACAUUGGGUGGGACCUGAUGAUAAAAAUUCUUCGGCCAACAUCCUCCAGUUGGAUCAAAUGCAAUUGGCCUUGCCAAGCCGAGAUUACUACUUGAAAUCAAAUAGUAAAUCAGAAUUACGAGCGUAUCAUCGUUAUAUGACAAAUGUGUCAGUUUUACUGGGCGCGGAUCCAGAAAAAGCGGCUGAAGAGUUUGAAAGAGUUAUUCUUUUUGAAAAACAGCUUGCAAAUGCGUCACUGCCAGAAGCAGAUAGACAUGACACAUCCGCAAUUUAUCGGAAAUUAACGUUGCGUGAGUUACAACAUGAGGUCCCUCAGUUAAACUGGAGAGAUUAUCUUCAGACAUUUUUGAGCACCUCAAUUACUGAAGAUGAACCGGUUGUUGUUUAUGCAUUGCCAUAUUUCAUUAAAAUGGGUCGAAUUAUUGAACAAACUGAUAAAAGAAUUAUUCAUAAUUAUAUUAUAUGGCGAUUUGUAAUGUCAAUAAUGCCACAUAUGAUUGAUGAAUAUCAACAAAAGCGAGUUGAAUUUCGGAAAAUACUUUUGGGAAUAUUAAGCGAAAGGAAUCGUUGGUCACAAUGCGUAGAAUGGACAAAUAAAAAACUUGGAAUGGCAGUAGGCGCACUGUUUAUUCGUGAUAAUUUUAAUCACGAAAGUAAGGAGACUGCAUUGGAGAUGAUACGGACUAUUAGAGAAGCAUUCAACGAACUUCUCAAUGAAAAUCACUGGAUGAAUGAAGAAACAAGGGCUGUUGCUAAAAGCAAAGCUGAUUCGAUGAAUGAACGGAUUGGAUAUCCGGAAUUUUUGAAAGAUCCUGUUGAACUUUCUAAGGAAUAUAUUUCGUUAAACAUAACAGAAGAUCGUUUUUUGGAAAACGUCUUAGCAGUAUUAAAACACGACGCUCGGCACAAUUUGGAGCAACUUCGAAAGCCAGUUGACAAAGACAAGUGGUCGACAGAACCCGCUGUUGUUAAUGCAUUUUACAAUCCAAAUAAAAAUGAUAUCGUUUUUCCGGCGGGUAUCCUUCAGCCAUUAUUCUACUCUCAACACUUUCCAAAAUCAUUGAAUUACGGCGGGAUCGGAGUUGUAAUUGGUCAUGAAAUUACGCAUGGGUUUGACGAUAAAGGCCGCCAAUAUGACAAAGAUGGUAAUAUGAUGCAAUGGUGGAAUAACGCAACUAUAAAAGCUUUUAGGGAAAGAGCGCAAUGUAUAAUUGAUCAGUACGACCGCUACAAACUCAAAGACGUUAAUCUCUUUGUUAAUGGGCGAAUGACCCAGGGCGAAAAUAUUGCUGACAAUGGCGGACUCAAGCAGUCAUUUCGGGCGUAUAAAAAAUGGGUUGCUACCCACGGCGAAGAGCCUCUUCUCCCGGGGAUAGAUUUAACGCAUGAUCAAUUAUUUUUUCUGAACUAUGCACAAAUUUGGUGCGGAUCUAUGACACCAGAAGACGCUCUCACUAAAAUACGCAGCAGUGUGCACUCACCUGGUCCAUUUAGAGUCCUGGGUCCGCUUUCUAACAGCCAGGAUUUCGCUAAAGCGUAUAAAUGUCCUCCAGGAUCUCCGAUGAAUCCGACGCAUAAGUGCAGCGUAUGGUAA